GCCCCGCUCCCGCCGAGCACGCGCACAACCCGCGCCGGGGGUGGGCCCGCCGUGUUCCCCCUUCCCGCGGGGGCGGCGCCGAGCGGGGAUUCCCGCCGGGGAGGCGGGCGGGGGCCGCGCCCCCUCCCCAUGUCAACACGCGGGGCACGGGGCGCCUGCGCCGGUCCGUGCGCGUCUUUUCCUCUCAUGCGCGGUAUUUCCUUCCCCAGCAGGGCUCGGGGCCCGGCCUAGCGGCGGCGGCACCCGCGGGUCGGGGCGCAGAGAAGAGCAGCGGCGUCCACCCCUCCCCGCGGUUCCUCGUCCGCCCGCCCGCCCGCCGACACCCCCGGCGGAGGAUGGCCGAGGACUCCCCCAAACGGCGCAAGGCGAACUUCAACGAGGCGGAGACGGAGGUGCUGAUCGAGCAGGUGCUGAAGCACGAGCAGUUGCUGUUCGCGGCGGGACCCGGCCGCGCCUCCGCGGGCCAGAAGCGGAAGGUGUGGGAGCUGAUCCGGCACAAGGUGAACCCGGUGGCCGCCUGCCCCCGCGACGUGGAGGACCUGAAGAAGCGCUGGCGGGACCUGAAGCGCCGCGACCGCAGCAAGCUGUGCCGCCUUUCGCAGGGCUGCGGGCCGCCGGCGCCCCCCGCCCUCGGCCUCCUCCUGGCCCCCGAGGAGCUGCCGCCCGCCGCCGCGCCGCCCGCCCGCCGCCAGCGCCGCCCCUACGGCUCCCUGCUGCCCGCCGAGGCCGUGCCCAUCGUGGGCGGCAUCGACACGCUGGAGCUGCCCGGCGCCGUCGUGGGGGACAUUGGGUUUAAUGGCAGUCCUGGCCCAUCUCAUCAAUCCAGUCUUGAGCAGAUGAACCUCAAAGAAGAAAUAGUAGUGAAGGUGGUGGAGCCAGAAGAAAGCUCUGGGGACAUGGUAGUGGUUCCACCUAGUCAAGAACAGCUGCCUUUUCUGGGGACAUCAGGUGGUGGUUCCUCUGGGAAAGUAAAAGCCAAAACAAAAGGCAGGUGCCAGGCAGACCAAAAUGAAAUGACUGAAGAGGACCUACUGCAGAUUCAGCAGACCCAAAUACAGGUGAUCCAGUCUGGCUUUGACAGUGUCAACCACAAUCUUCGGCUGCUGCAGCAAGGCAUGCAAGAUCUGAGUAACAGCAUCAGCAUCAUGGCACAUACGCUUGUUGCUAUCAAGAACGUCUAUGUGAAAAACAACACUGGCCCAACCACACAUGCCACUGCAUCUACUCAGACCACAGCUGGGUACCUGAGCCCAGGAUCCCCCCAGCUCUCCCCUGCUAAGGACAGAGCUAGAGCACAGGUGGCUGGAAGCAGCAGCAGAAGCAGCAGCUGCAGCUCCAGCUCCAUGUCACAAGAACCAGGUCCUUCUGAGUUUCCUAGGCCCCCCCUGAGAACCAUUAAGAAAGAACAUCCAAAUGGCUGCUACUAUUUCUGCUUUGCAGAUGUGUAAAAACUUGAAUAGAUGUAAAAUGACUGUGUUGUUGGGUGCUGAUGUAUGUUCUGCUCCGGCCUGUGACUUCAAAGGAGCGAAGUGGACUUGCCUCCCGUGUUUUUCCCAGUGGGAAACAUUUUACUAUAGGUGGCAUUAAACACUAAUUACCAGCCUCCAGUUAACUCUGUUGCAGUUGGCUAAUAAAUUUCUUCUCUUUUCUUUAUCCUCUUAUUCUCUUAAAAAAAAAAAAUUAUUUUGAGUAAGACUUUUGUCUGUAUCAUCCUUUGUUUAAUGUCACCUUGUGAAAAAUAAAAGGCAUGAGAGUGGGGUAAAAAAGUAGCAUUAUGGUUACUACCACCAGGAGCUAACUUACAGAAGUUAGUUGGUUCUUGGAUUAAACAAGCCUCAGAAGUUUUUAAGUACUUCUCUUUUCUAGUAGUUUUGUUGGGGGUGUUUGCUUGGUUGUUGUUGUUGUUGAGGUUCAGAAGUCUGAGCUGUGCAAGGCAUCACAGAAGGAGUUUAAGAUACCUGCUUAUUCUAGGAAUGGUUUAGCACUGAGCAUUCACUGGCAUUCAUUAGUGUAUUCCUCAGAAGGCAUACAGCAUUGUUCCACUUGGCUGUUGUUCAUUCCUGGCUUGUCAAAUGCACCCUCUCUUCAGAGACAUUGUGUUUUACUGCACAAGCAGGGUAGUCUCUUUUUUUAACCAGUCGCAUGUUUAAAAUAGAGAAAUACAGAAGAAUGAGGAAUGGAUGAGUGAUGCCUGUUUCUGACAUACAGGUUAUAUGUAGGCUGUAUCUUCAUCUGAUUUUUUAAGAAAUUGAAUCAAUACCACAGUGUUUGAAAUACAGAGAACAAAAAGCUUUGUAUUUUUUUACAUGAAAUGGAAGUCAGAUUUGCUGUUAAAUUACAGGAGGCAGGGGCUCACUUCAUUCCAGGCAUAGUUUAGAAAGCUUGGAUUAUCAUUUCCUUUCUCAUAACUAAGUAGCCAAGGAAGAAGAAAGAUGAGGACGAGUUGGAGCGAAAUGUAACUUGAUGUCAACUCUGAAACAAGCAAAAAUCAUUUUAUCUUCAUGCCAAAAAGAAGAAUUGCCAUUUCGUAUUUAGAUAGGGAAAACUGUUGUCACUGGCACUAUUUUGUGUUUCAGGCUUACAUAUUCGAGCCACUCUACUUUGCACAGUUCAGAAGUAGCAGAGGUGCAAUGUUCUUGUAUCUGGCAGCUGUACCAGAGGUCAAACAAAAACACUCACCUGAAAUGUUGUCCAGUGACUUGAAAAGUCAUACAGGUGCUCUUCUUAAGCAUUUAUCACCAACAUUUAAAAAGAUUCUGCAGAUAAAUUUGGCCUAUAGCAAUGACUGGCUGCUUGUAGUGUUACAGUCAGUUUGCACAAGCAUUCCUGCUGCAGAAAUUUAGCAAAUACAAAUAACAUAGAGAAUCACAAUGAAACUGCCCCUCUCCUAGAAGCAUAUGUAAUCAUAGCAUAAGGUAUGCCACUUUUGCAGUCAGCUUCGACUGAACAGCACCGUAUGAAAAUGUUCAUGUCCACCAUUUUGGUGUACUGAAUUAACUCAUCUGCAUUUCAGAAACCAGCCACUGCUGCCUACUAAAAUGUGAAAACAGGGUAACCAGUUAGCAAUUGUUUCCCUUCAGAAUCACGGAUGGAGUAAAAUGUGAAAAAAUCUCACAAAAAUAAAAUAUAUAUGUGUACAGCACAAUGUUCUUUGGGAUUAAUGCCUUGAAGAAGAGAAAGUUCUUUUUUCCAGGUUUCCCUUAACAAAAGAAGAUAGUGUGGGUGACAGGUAUUAAGAAAUUGCUGAGUUUAAGAACGGCAAAGAAUCCUUCUAUGGAUUUUUGUUUUUAUGUUAAAAGCUUUUCAAAUUAACUUGUUGGAAGCAUUAUUUCUCCUCCAUCAGUACAGAUGGGCUCUUUUGAGCAGGAUUUUCUGUAUUUUGUUUUCAUGGACACAGAAGGUAAUUCAUGCUACCAUGGUAUUCCAGGUAGAUUUGGAAACGCGAUCUACCUGGUACUUCUGGGCAGCAGUUUGAGCUUGUCCAGGUUGCAACUGGCAGUUCUAACCUGUCUCUCUCUUGAUGUUUCAAUUCUUUUUGCAACUGUUAAUUCUUGAAUUUCACAUACUUCUUGGGAGAGGUGACUUGUGUCCGCUUUCUGGUGUUCCAGUGCUGAUUUACAUGAGAGGCAGCUACAGUGCAAGUAGAGAAGUGCAGCAAGAUCCUGGGAGCAGAAGGGGCAGAUUGGAUCUCCUGUAUGAAUGAAGACAAGCCAGGCAAUGCUUGUGUGACACUGUGAUGGUCAGAGAACAACCAGACCUCACAUCAAUGUUUGUUCUGAUCUUGCUUCUUUCCCUGUGUUUCAGUUGAACUGCUAAAAUAUACUGGAGCCAGAUCAAAGUCACUCUUCCACUUCUGACACAUUCUAGAUUUACAUCUUUUAAAUAGAGAAGGAAACUGAGCUACCUCUCAUCACUACAGAGUGGGCAAAAUUGUUAUUCUCAUCUUCAAAUUAAUACAGUUGGUUGCUAUUUCUUUACACACCCUUUCUGUGAUCACAUGCACCAUCCAGAAGCCAUGCCAUUAACUUUCUGGCUGCUCUUAACAGAAGGUGAAAUAAUUUUCUUGGACUGUUACUGAGUUAAUGAAUUCCCAGUUUGUUUCCUGUGAAGCUAUCCAGGCUAUUUAUGUAAAUGACAAGAGCUAAUGACCUGGUCAUGAAGCUUAAUGAAAAUACUGCUAAUUAUUUGAACAAAAGCAAAGCUGGCUUUAAAUUUUCCCAAAUGCAUGGCAUAACAGUGGUAAUACUGAGAAAGGGAUCCAGGGAAUUUUCUCAAAUUCUUCUGGACUUCCCUAAAAAACUUGUCCUGCUGUGCAAAGUGCAGACUAUUUUCUGGUAGCAUAGGACUAAGACAUUCAGGCACAAACCACAAAUAUAAAUUGUGAUGAUUUUACACUCUACUUAUGCUUAAUGUUACUAGAAAGAUAAAAGGGUCUUGGAGAAAACUAGAGCAACUGGUAGCUUAACACUGCAUUUGCCCCAUAGCACUCAGAUUCAGUAACAACUUCCAUUCAUUCAUUUCUCUGCUAUCUGCUGCUUAAGUUUAUUAUACAGAGGGAGACAAGUCCCCUCAAGAGACUGUAAAAGCUUAGUGACUACAUCCAGACAACUGAUUAUCCCCAAAAAAGGUCAAUUAUAGUGACCUCUGACUAAAUAAAAAAAUACAAUUUUGAAGGGAAAAAUGCCAUCAGCAGCUGGCUUUUCAGGACCAUCCUAUUGUUACUAAAAUUGACCUGAUCUGGCUGUGCCAAUCAGUUAUUGUUUAGAUGAACACAAACGGAAGGGAUAAGAACAAAUAGAAAGUCAGGUUUUUGAGGUGGCCUAUUUGGAUUUUUCUGUAGUUAUUAAUAUACAGCACA